AGUCUCCGCUGCCUUCGAUCCUACCUACUUGACGACCGUUUAGCGACAGCAGAAUCCGAACGGCUGAGAGAUGAGUUCGGAACAGUCGUCGAGUUUGGUAAUCCCUCAGAGAUCCGAAUGCAUGUACACAGCAUGCUACUGCGAAGAAAAUAUUUGGCAAUUAGCAAAACAGAUACUAGAAUUAAACAAAGACACACCAGACAUGAAAUGUUACGUUAUUUUUAUCUCCAACUAUACUAAAUGCGUACACUUGUGGAAUCAAAACUGUAGCCAUACUGAAGGACUUGUAUUUUGGGAUUACCAUGUGUUUUUGAUUGUUCAGCAUCUUGAUAAAACUUUGGUUUUUGAUAUGGACACUAGAUUGCCAUUUCCUGUUCCUUUUGCACAAUACGCUAAGGAAGCUAUAAGAGAGGAAUUUAAGGAAUCUUAUUCCAAGCGUUAUUUUAAAGUCGUUGAUGGUGAUGUAUAUGUGUCUCAAUUUUCAUCUGACAGAAACCACAUGAUAGAAGAUGGUCGUUGGAUGUCACCACCACCUCCAUAUCCUCCAAUUUUAAACACAGAAAAAGUUAACAAUUUGGAUAAUUUUAUAUCGAUGGAUCCUUCAAACGAAUUUGGACCAGUACUGAAUCUCGAGGAAUUUAAAGCUAGAUUUUCAUAAUUAUGCUUAUUACAUAAUGUGCUGUUUAACUUUAAUUGAUGAAUCUCAUUUUAUUCAUAUUAAGUAUUAUACCAUAAUUGGAUUUUACUUUCAAGUUUAAUUGAAAGUUUGCUUUAUUCUACUAUAAUUAUUAAUUAAAUUUUAAGUUAUUAACAAAAAAAUGAUAGACAAUUUCUAGGAUAAUUUUAAAUUGAGAUUUGUAUUUGUCUAAAUUGAAGUGUUUGAAAUUAAAAAAUACGUAAUAAUUAAA